AUGUCUAUGAGUUUUUUCCCAAUCACCUCCGACGAAGAUCUGGCAAACCUGAUCAAAGAAUACAAUCGAGCUUCGUCGUCGAUGUCCCAUCCUCUGAAGAUCAAGGUGGUCCUUUGGCCACCAAAAUCUCUCAAGAAAAUCUUCCCUCCUCUUAGCGUCGAUUUCUUUGCGUCUAGAUCGCAGUUCGUAACUGCUGAAUCGUUGGGGAACUCGGUGACGUACCACUACGUCUCGCAGACUUAUUCGCCUCCAAUUGGAUAUUCGACCAGUGCUCAGAAUUGCUCCGCAAAAGGGAAUCAGUAUAGCUUCCAUGUGCAGCAUAACCCUAGAGUUCUAUAUUCAUAUUCACAUUUUGUUCCAUAG